AUGCAUCUUUCUCUUCUUCCUGUCUUGCUGCUUUCAGGCUUGACAGGUGCCUCCCCUGAAAAACGGGCCACCUCCGCCUCAGCUUACUGCUCAAAUUCAGGUGGUAACUACAAACUAUCCUCGAUCGCUGCCCCUGUGAAAGGCACCGGCAGUCCAGGAUCUGAAUCAACAUGGAAAUUGACCGUGGACGAUACAUCCAGUGGACACAAACAAACAAUUGUAGGCUUCGGAGCCGCAGUCACCGACGCGACAGUUAGCUCAUUCAAUACCUUGUCCAGCGCCAACCUGCAACAACUUCUGAAUAAUCUCAUGACGGGUGCCGGUGCAGACUUUGCAUUGAUGCGGCAUACUAUCGGAGCAUCAGAUCUGUCCGGUGACCCGGCAUAUACAUACGAUGAUAAUGGAAACGCAGCCGACCCAACCCUGGCCGGAUUCAAUCUGGGCGACCGUGGAAAUGCCAUGGCUACGAUGCUAGCAAAAAUGAAGUCCUUGCAAUCCAGUCUGAAGAUUCUCGGCUCGCCCUGGAGUGCACCGGGAUGGAUGAAGCUGAAUGGUGUGAUUGAUGGCAACACGAACAACAACAACUUGAACGAUGGAUAUUUGACCAGUGCUGGUACUGGCAGCACCGGGUAUGCUAGUGCCUUUGCGCAGUACUUUGUCAAGUACAUUCAAGCCUACGCGAAGCUUGGAGCUCACAUCGACGCGAUUACCAUUCAAAAUGAGCCUUUGAACAGCCAGGGCGGAUAUCCCACGAUGUAUGUGUUUGAUUACGAGUCAGCGCAGCUCAUCCAGAACUACAUUGGGCCGGCCCUUGCCAACGCUGGUUUGGAUACUGACAUUUGGGCAUACGAUCACAACACUGGUAUGCAUGCUCCAACCGAUACUUCUACAAAUUUUGCAUAUACUAACACACCGCGUCUAGAUGUUCCAUCAUAUCCCCAGAACGUCAUCAAUGGCGCUAGCAAGUACGUUGACUCGGUCGCCUGGCACUGCUACGCCACCAACGUGGACUGGACAGUCCUAACCACAUUCCACCAAACAAACCCAAAUGUCAAGCAAUACAUGACCGAAUGCUGGACUCCUGCCUCAGCCUCAUGGAACCAAGCUGCCGACUUCACCAUGGGACCCCUUCAGAACUGGGCAUCCGGCGUUACAGCCUGGACACUUGGCACUGAUAACCAGGAUGGGCCCCAUCUGUCAAGCGGUGGUUGUGCCAAUUGCCAAGGUCUGGUAACUAUCGCUAAUGGUGGAUAUACUUUCAACACUGCGUACUAUAUGAUGGCGCAGUUUAGCAAGUUCAUGCCGCCCGGUGCUAUUGUUCUGAGUGGCACUGGAAGCUACACCUACUCCAACGGUGGCGGAGUGCAGUCUGUUGCUUCGUUGAAUCCUGAUGGAUCUCGCACGGUUGUUAUUGAGAAUACUUUCAGUAACGAUGUUUAUCUCACUGUGGCAUUGAAUAGUGGAAACCAAUGGAGCGGUAACGUUCCCAGUCAGUCUGUGACAACUUGGGUUCUUCCUUCUGCGUGA